AAGCAGUGGGCGGAGUAUGCAGGGAAAAGAGCUGAGGAGGUGGCGAAAGGGCUGGCUCGCGUGCGUAUGCGCCUGUGCAGGGCUGUGUUUUGCUGGCUACUGCGUCUUCAAGCCUGUAGGUGGAGGCGUCUGUUGCAAGCUGCUCCAGGCUGCUGUUGCUGACAGGAGGUAGGGGUUGGGCAUAAGAGGCCAGAAGGCAAGAGGAAAAGCAGCAACAACAGCAGGCGAGGUGGUAGCCAGCAGAAGCAGGAAGCCCCAAACGCAGACGACCCAGUGACACCCUUGACUAGCAGGUACAGCCAGCAUCUGAGAGAUUCUAAUGAAGAUCCUCUGAUUAUCUAAAUUCAACAGUUGGAUCUCUUGAUACUAAAACAGGGAGAGAGUACCUCUGGAAUCAACAUGUAGCAGAUGGCUACUGCACCACCAAACUUGCUGUUUCUAGCCAAGGCAUUUGUCUCUUGAAACUACAUGUACAGUCAGCAGUGAAUGAUUCUUGUUUUGUGGAUUCUGACUGAACUUUGUUAACCAAGGUUUAAAUUGGAUUUCACGUGGUGUUGGUUAAACUGAGAAACCAUGAGUAGUAAUCUUGGAAAAGAAAAAGAUUGUAAGGAGAAAGAUCCCAAAGUGUCUUCAGCAAAGGAGAGAGAGAAAGAAGCCAAGGCCACUGGUGGAUUUGGGAGAGAAAGCAAAGAGAGAGAGCCUAAAACCAAAGGGAAAGAAGCCAAAGAUGGGAAGAAGGACUCCAGCAGUGUACAGCCAGGUGUGGCUUUUUCAGUGGACAAUACAAUAAAACGACCUAAUCCAGCACAAGGCGCUCGCAAAAAAUCCAGCAAUGCCGAAGUGAUCAAAGAACUAAACAAAUGCCGGGAAGAAAAUUCAGUACGCUUGGACUUGGCUAAGCGGUCUAUACACCUUCUCCCAUCAUCUGUAAAAGAGUUAACACAAUUAACAGAACUUUAUUUAUAUGGUAACAAACUACAGUCACUACCAGCCGAGGUGGGCUGCCUUGUCAACCUGGUGACUCUGGCCCUGAGUGAAAACUCUCUUACCAGCCUGCCUGACUCUCUUGAUAACUUGAAGCAACUCCGUAUGCUUGAUCUGAGGCAUAACAAACUUAGAGAAAUUCCUCCAGUGGUGUAUAGGCUAAUUUCCCUAACCACACUUUAUCUACGCUUUAAUCGUAUCACAGCUGUGGAAAAGGAUAUCAAGAACUUGUCAAUACUCACCAUGCUCAGUAUACGGGAGAACAAAAUCAAGCACCUGCCUGCAGAAGUUGGUGAGUUGUGUAACCUCAUAACGCUGGAUGUAGCACACAAUCAGCUUGAACACCUUCCAAAGGAGAUUGGAAAUUGCACACAGAUCACCAAACUUGACCUACAGCACAAUGAACUCUUGGACCUUCCAGACAGUUUAGGAAAUCUGUCCAGUCUGAAAAGUCUUGGUCUGAGGUAUAACCGGCUUUCAGCAAUACCCAGGUCUCUAGCACAGUGCAGCAAACUUGAUGAGCUGAAUUUGGAGAACAACAAUAUUUCUACUUUACCAGAGAGUCUCUUAUCCAGUCUUCUCAACCUGACAAGUCUGACUCUGGCAAGAAACUGUUUCCAGUCAUAUCCAGUCGGUGGUCCCUCACAAUUUUCUACCAUCUAUGCUCUCAACAUGGAGCACAACCGCAUCAAUAAAAUCCCAUUUGGAAUUUUCUCUAGAGCAAAAGUGUUAAGCAAGCUGAACAUGAAGGACAAUCAGCUGACUUCUCUUCCUCUGGACUUUGGAACAUGGACUAGCAUGGUAGAACUUAAUUUAGCUACAAACCAACUGAACAAGAUUCCCGAGGAUGUGUCUGGACUGGUUUCUUUAGAGGUUCUUAUUUUAUCGAACAAUCUUUUAAGGAAUCUUCCCCAUGGAAUUGGGAACCUGAGAAAACUAAGAGAAUUGGAUUUGGAAGAAAACAAGCUGGAAUCCUUGCCAAAUGAAAUAGCAUACCUUAGGGAUCUCCAGAGACUGAUCCUAACAAAUAACCAGUUGAGCACCCUUCCCAGAGGAAUUGGACACCUCAUCAACCUGACACAUCUUGGAUUGGGAGAGAACUUUCUGACACAACUUCCUGAGGAAAUUGGUACACUGGAGAAUCUGGAAGAACUGUAUCUGAAUGACAACCCUCACCUGAACAGCCUUCCUUUUGAACUGGCCCUUUGCAGUAAACUGUCGAUAAUGAGCAUUGAGAAUUGCCCACUCAAUACCCUUCCAGCUCAGAUUGUUGCAGGGGGGCCUUCCUUUAUUAUCCAGUUCCUGAAGAUGCAGGGACCUUAUCGUGCCAUGGUCUGAUGGAUAACUGUCCUAAAGGUGUAUAAAGUAUAAAUGAUAUUGAGGGUGUCAUUGUGUAUAUAUAUAUAUAUUAUUGUUAUUAUUAUUAUCUAGGCCAUACAGUGCCGGAAUUGGAUAAAAAUUGGGUUGUCCCAUACACUGUACAAAAUGCAAAGAGCAUUAUUAGUAUUGUGUAUGUGUGUAUAUAUAUAAUAUAAUAUAUAUAUAUUAUAUUAUAUAUAAAACAUAAAUAAUAUAAAACAGGCAAAUUUAAGACCACAUGUAUGUGUUUCUGCUAAUAGAGGAAGCAUAGCCAUUUAGGGUUUUUUUUCUUUGUAAAAUGCUUGUUUAAGUUUUCUUUGCUGAAUUUGAUGGAUGUCUAGGUAAUCUGGAGAUAACAAUUCACUGGAAAUGAUUUCCACCCUUGCUGAUAAAUUUAAGGGACAAAAUGUUUUUAGAUGGAUCCCUCUUUAUAUGGGAAAAACCAUGCAGCUCAAUAAUAUGAACUUUCUUCUACCAUUCCCCUCUGCACACAUUAAUUGUGUCAAAAACCUGUUGGAGUAAUUUGUCUUCUAGCUGGGAAAUCCUUUAACUUAUUCUAAGAUUUGAGAUAAAUGGUGUUGUAUGUUGUUUACAGUCAGAGUAAAUCAAUGAAAUUAUUUGAUUUGCUCUGUUUUAAUCAUAUCUAGAAUGUAUGUGCUUCUGCUGAGGGCUUUUUAUUGACUGAUUUAUAGUAAAACAAAAAUAAACAGCUGGUGAGUAGGAAAAGAAACAGACCGACAAACACUUGAAUUGAUUUUAAAACUUGGUUCCUUGAGUUAUUUGUUGUAGGCAUAUCUUAUUUGGACCAGUUCUUUUACAAUUGGUCUUGUGUAUGACAAGCAACAUUUUCUGAUUAGAAAUGGACUGAUUUGUUGGACUACACAUUCUUUUAAGGUCUAAUAGUACAUUGACGAGGAAAUAUAUAUAUAUGGUAAUGUUGUAUUUUAUGACAACAGGCAAUUGUAAGCGUUUCUCCUAGUCCUUGUACAAUUAAUGAAUGUGUCUCCUUGAAACACUGCAGUGCAUAUUACGAUUUAUGUUUGGCUAACAUUGUUACUCUGGUUUUAUAUCUUGACUUGCCUUGUACAUCCUUCCAUUAUUAUGGAGCAUCUGCAUCCAAGCACAAUAUCUCCACGCUGUGCUGUUUUGCUGCUGAACUAAAUGCACUUUUCCCUACAGUUGGGACACUUGCUUCAAGUUAAUCAGUUCAGUACUAUGAUUUAUUUUCUUUUAACCUCAUCCUAUCAAUCUCAGUAUUAAAGAAUGAUCUGUUAAAAAGAACACUUUUUCAUUUGUAUUGAGAUGGCUCUGUAGAAAACGGAAGUGGUCCCCCUUCUGGUUUUAUUGUCACUGUCAUGGAUGUGCAAAGGGCUAAUGAUGCUGCAGUGGAAUAGGCAUUUGCUAUUACCAUGUGGUGUCAUUUUGAUUUUGGAAGCUCAUAGAGUGGAUACAUUCCAGACAUUUUUCUUUUCCAUAAUUGUUCAUUUCACUUUGGAUUUGCUUCUGUAAGACUGGGAUUUUACAGAGAGAGGUAUAACUUUUGAACAAAUCAUGCAUACAAAAAAGAAAUCUUUUCCCCUGUUGAAAGGUCUUGUUUUGAUUUUUUGUCAUUUUUAUUUCUAAUAGAAAGGUUUAUUUAAUGGGCACUCUCCUCAGAUAGCUAAGCACGCUUGUUCUUUUAAAAACUGCAUGUUUAAGGAUGCAGUCCUAAAUACGCUUGCAGGGGAUUAACUUUAGAUUUAUUCUGCAACUGCUAUGGAUUUCAUUGGGAGCGCGCCUAAGUUUCUUUGGAUUCUGCCCAGCAUGGUCUGCUUUCUCAGAGAAGAAUUCUACUUUGCGUUCUGGUUAGAAUUUUUAAAUUAUUAUUUUCUUUUUAUUAAGAAAAAAAUCUUUAAAAAGAGCAGGUAGUGAUAUAAAACCAUUAAAGGGCUUAAGCUGGUAGUUUAAACUGCUCUAAAUGUCACUGGAUUUUAUAAAAGGAAUAUUCUUUUCUGCCACAUUUUUCUUAGAACAAAUCUAGUAUCAGUGAUUUCAUUUUAAAUUUUUGUUUGUCACAUUGUACAGUUUCAGCUUUGCACAACCAAUCCAUUUGAGCAUUAAGGUGUUAAAAUGUGAAGAUGCCUGUAGUGGUGGUUAAAACAGAAAAGUUCACUUUUAUGCUGAAGCUGUACUCUUGUUCCACUGGCUCAGCAUGGGAUACCAUUUUUCUGUUCAUAAUGUUAAAGUGAGAAAUGUGUGUCUGAGCUGCCCAGUUGCACUUUUAUUUUUGGGCGGGGAUACAGUUUUGCAAGUCAGUUGUCUAUAUACUGCUUUAAGAUCAGAGUUUAGCCAUGUACUGAAAAUUGCUAAAGCUGGAGUUUGAAGGACAUUUUUGCAACCUUUCACAAACUGAAACAGAGAUAAUAUGUUUCCAGGAGGCUGGCUUCUUGCUUCACUCCAUGAAGAUGUAGGUUAGAUGAAGUUGGGCUGUAACUCUUAGUUCUGCUUGUAAAUACAUUAAUAAGAUUGUUCAUUUUGCCAAGGAUUAUAUGACUGACACUUUCCUUCUUCUGAAAAUCAUCUGCAAGUUGGAAUUGGGUUUCAUUUAUGCAGUUUUUUAAAUAAACUAUAAAUUACUGAUUUUUUUUAAAAACCCAGUUAAAUGGUUAUAUUUCAGCAUUGUAUGUAAAAAGAGGUUUAAAAACCUGUUCUUGUGUUGAGCACUGAAUCUGUAAUGAAAAGUUCUCCAAAAUCCCAUUGGGAUCAACUUUUUGUUCCAUACCUAUUACAGAAUGCAAAGGAGAAGGGAAGGAAAAAUGUAUGAUACUCCCUUUUUAAAAAAUCAAAAAUAUUUCCACAAAAUGCAGUAGUCAUUUAGAUUUUUGAUGAUUCACAGCAAUUCUUUAUCCCAAUUUUUAAAUUACUUUUGGCAAAAUGAUGGAUUUUAACCAGUUACAUUUAAUCUGUCUAAAUCAGGCAAGAAUGUAUUAUAUGGAGGCUUAAGAACUCAAUCUGUGCCAACCAGAAAUUGGGGAAAAGUUCUCAGACUUUCUUCAUAUUGAGACAUUGUCAAAGAAGAAAGAAUAUAUAUUUAGAGACACUGGGAGGAUUUUUUUAAAGAUCCAGAAUAUCCCUUGCUGUUGUAUAUUGUACAAUACUAGCUCUGCUUCAUUUUUUGUUAGUGAAUUUGACAAUCUUUCCAAAUCUUUCUGAAGAGUUUUGGUGGAAGGUCAUAUUUUCCCAGUGUUUAACACUAUCCAUCAACGGGUCUGGAGCACUCUUAAUAGACUGUUCCUUAUAGAAUCAGAAGUAAGUAUUUCUAGCACAAAGCCCCAGCUGGACUCUUUCAUCUCAGUGGAACAUCUCAUGCCUCAGUACAACAACUAUCAUCAGUAUUGUUGUUUCUGUACUGUUGUCAAGAUGCUGUAUCAUACAGUUGUGCUACAUAAUAGACCUGCUCAGACUAUAGGACUAUGGCCUGUAAUUACUUGGAAGUACUCUGUAGGUUAACAUGGACUGCUGUAUGCUUUGUUGGAUAAUUCCUCUACUUCUGGUUAUAAAAUAGUGAACAGGGUGUUAAUGGCAAGUGGGGCAGAAUUUACCCAAGUCUCGUUUUAGCUUUAGCUAUAAAAUCUAUUUCACCAUUGAAGCAAUCCUUUUGUUUGUAGCUAGGGGAAAUACAAAUAAUCAAUUUUCCCUUUUUAAGGAUUAUUUUAGAACACUGAAAUAUAAAGGAAGGCUAAGCAAUGCUAUAAGUUUGGAACAAAUUGUAUGUCUACUGACAAUGGAAAUGUAAAGUGCAGUUAAAAUGCUUUAAUUUGGUUUAGAGGUUGAGGGAAGAGAGUAGGAAAAAAUUAAGCUGUGCUAUCAGCAUUAAAAAGAGGGUUGCACGAUGGAUGCUAUUAAAUUCAUUUUCUGCCAAAAACAAGUUUGCAGCAUCUAGUGUUUGACUUAAUUUAUGUUGUAGACGUAAUUUAUAAUACUUAUUGUUGCAGAUGUUAAAACUGGAGAGAUCCUUCCUAGCUCAUUGAAAUGGUUUUGCAAAGAGGAAAAAAAAAGAAGUGGGGAAAACCAAGUAAUUAAAUAUUGAAAAUGCAGGCAAAUUUCGAAGUAGCAUGUUUGAACCUGGAGAGUUUCUGGGCAUUGGAAUGAUUUGGUGUUAACAUAUCAAAGGAGAAAACACCUUCCUGACUAUCCAAGAAGCUGAAUUUACAGCAAAGCGUUUGUAUAAAUAUUGCACUUCCAUUGUAUCUUCAAUCAGCAUGUCAGAACUUGCUUUUAAUUAGGUAUACACUCGGCAGUAAUUUGCACAACACGCCAACUUUAAAAGGCACAUAUAGGACAAUUGCUAAUGAUGAUACCUGUAAAAGAACAUCUGAUGGCUUUUUCUAAUUCUGCAAAGGUCUGGAGCUUCUGUUUAUUAUUUUGAUGUUUGGGUCUUAAGCAGGACAGCGCAGGAUUCUGCCUGUUAAAUAGAAGACCACACUAAUUUGUGAUUGAAAAUGAAAGCGUGUAAACGGUCUAUAAAACAAUGUACUUUCUGAACUAUUGUAAUGUUGAUUGUUAUGUCUAUAAAAGAUUGCCUUGCUUUUUUAUAAGUCAUUCUGUAUCAAUGUAUUCAUUAUAAAUAGUAUAUUUGUAAA